CAAAAUUAUACUAAAUAUAUAUUUUCUACUGUUCUUAAACCUUACAUUACAAGAUGCGAUAAUCAUUUAGAAUUAGAUUAAAAACCAACAAAUUUUGCCUAAAUGUAGAAAAAUGAACCAAAUUUUAUUGACUCCAUAAAAUUUUAGCCCAUAUUUGCAAAAAGGAGAACUUUGGAGAAACCGCAAGGAAUAGCUUGAUAAGAAAGCCCAUCCAACAAGAGGUCCCCUUCUCUUUUACCUCCCUUAUAAGUAGAUAGAAACCAACCCAAAUUCACUUAGCUAGAAUAUGAGAGGACUCUCAAGAGCUACCUCACCUCAAACAACUACAUAGUAGAAGGAGCCCCACCCUUCAGUUGGAUCAUUGGUGAUGUAGUCACCACAACAAUGAAAAUCUAGGUCGAGUAAUGCCAACAAUAGGAUUGAGAAGAGAGAACAGAAGGAAAGGAAAAAUACACAUUAAUUAAAUAGAUUUUCCUAUACAUAGCUAAAAGUAAAAAACCUAUUAGAGCCGGGUUUCGAUCCAACGAUCUGUGGGUUACGGGUCCACUGUCACAUGCUUCCGUAGUGCCACUUUGAUUAGAAUUUUUUUUCCGAGUGAUAUCAAGAGAAGACAAGAGUUAUACAAACAACACCCUAGUGAAACCCCCUACAAGCAACACCCUAGUGAAACCGCCCAAUAAAGUCGAAAGACUAUAAUUCUAGUAGAGACAAUAACAGUGCUUUAAGUGCCACUCUAUGGGCAACACUGUUGGCGACUAUAGGAACCGUCCUAAACUCUAAAUAAUAUGACAAAGAGCCUAGGAUCUAACGACAGUCCCGAAGCACCGGACUUCCAAAAGAAUCUUCUAGGACACCUUGCGAAUCUUGUUGAAAACCACCUAAGAAUCACCUUCUACUAUGAUGUGAGUCAAGCAUCUUGGGUGACGAUGGUGAUUGCAUCUCUUACUGCUAGGAGCUUCGCCAGAUAGGGGUUGACUACUCCCUAGUGACGCAUACCGGCUGCAAGCACCACAUGCCCAUCUGACCCACGAAUAACAAGACCAGACGAACAACCUGAAUCACGGACAACUGCAUAGAAGUAGAGCUUCAAAUAGUAGUUUGGUGGAUGCUUUCAAGUGGCGGGAGGAGGAUUAGGAAGGAGCUAUCUAGGGGCAGAGGAGGGAGGUGAAUAUUGGAGACGUCAAGGACCUGUUUGUAGAAUUGUCAGGCGAGGGAACGGACAUGAGGUUGAUAGAAUGCAAAGUUACUUUAUUUCUAGACUUCCAGAUUCUCCAAAGUAAAUAAACACAUUGGAGAAUUUGGAAUGGGGAGAUCUCUGAGAUCAAGACAAUGUCGCCACCAUAGACUAAAAUUAAUAGUCAGGGCGGAAUCAAUGAAGUUGCUCAAUCCCACUAAGGUCCACAAUUUGGUGGCUAGGGGGCAUCUUAAUAAAAAGCGAUCAAUGCUCUCUUGAUGUCGCCAGCACACGGGAUAUCGAUCGAGGCGGUUAACUCCACGAAUUUGUAGGGCUACCAAUGUGGGAAGAAUAACCCUGAGGCAUUGUCAUAUGAAGAAUUUAAACUUAGAUGAGACUUGAAUAUUCCAAAGCCUUUUUUCCAAAUGGGGGUUCGAUAAUAUGGACCAAACUAAUCACUCUUAAAUUGACCAAACUUCAGAUUAAAAGGUAAAUUUCACCAACGUCAACGUACUCAAAGUUAUCUGCAAUCAAAAUAAAGGAAAGCAACGUGAAAAUGGUCACCAAGUGGCAAUUAAAGUAGGGGAACUUGAGUUGCAACCAGAUUGAUGGAAUCUUGGUAUAACCGGAAGACAAAUUGAUGGGUAACGGACAAUAAAAAACAUGAUGGGUAACGGACAAUAAGGCUCAUUUUAUUUUGUCAGCAUGAUUCUAAUUGUAAUUAAAGGGGUGGGAUACUAUGCUAACCCCUAAAGGGGUAGUGAUUUUCAACACCCCCUUUAUGAUUGGCCAAUUUUAUUUUCAAUCAUUGGCAAGUAUUAAUUAAACUGGUUUUUUAUUUUGUUUAAUCUUGUAAUUUGGGGUCUCUCACCCACAUUGGAAAGGGAAAGAAUAUGGGGAAUCAGAAAAAAGCUCCCCCCCAAAUGUGCAAUUAAUUGCCUUUUUUUCUUCCUUUCGUCUCCUUCUCUCUCCAUUUGGGCCCUCUUUCCAUUUUGAUUUCAUUUUAACCAGAACCCUCCUCUACUCUGAAACGACCAAAACCCUCCAGCGCCUUCCCCCACCACCAUCCUCCUAUCUCCAGCUGCCGCUAUCCUGGGAUCGCCUCUGACCUACCUUGUGGAUUGCUCGCACCAGUGGAGUGGUACGUGUACCAGUGGAGUGGUACGUGUACCAGUGGAGUGGUAUUUGUAUCAUUGAAGUGGUACUGCAUUGUUGCUCCGUUAUUGUUUAUCAUUGUUAUGAAAAAUAUCAUUGCACUGGUAUUGUUCUCACUCUAACCUACCUUGUGGAUUGCUCGCACCAGUGGAGUGGUACGUGUACCAGUGGAGUGGUACGUGUACCAGUGGAGUGGUACGUGUAAUUAAUGUACCAGUGAGAGAAAUUAAUUAUGUAAUUAAUGGGGGUGAUUUCGUUUUUCCCCAGAUUCUUUCUCUUUUCCAAUGUGGUGAGAGACCCCAAAUUACAAGAUUAAAAAAAAAAUAAAAAACCAAUUUAAUUAAUACUUGCCAAUGAUUGGAAAUAAAAUUGGCCAAUCAUAAAGGGGGUGUCAAAAAUCACUACCCCUUUAGGGGUAGUCAAGCUAACCGAUCCCGUAAUUAAAGAGAAAUAAUAGCUCAUUAGCUUCCCAAAAUUGAGUUCUGAAACGGAACAUUUCCUAUAGCACCAUAAAUAGGCCACUUUAAUGACAAACUUGUCAUUUUGUAAGCCUAAUAGGAGGGUUUAGCAAACCAAACUUGCAUUCUGGGCACUUAAUAACCCAUUUACGUCAAUUAAAAGAUGCUUAACAAACUUAAAUAUAGCCUUAAAUGCACCAGCCAUAAAAUGUAAUUUACUCUUGACAUUAAAGCUUAGUAAAAGCUCUUUAUGUCGGAGUGAGAGAAACUUAAUUCGCUGUAUUCGAAUCCGGCCGCCAGCGGUGAGGUUGAGUUGUCGACGGCAAUCAUGCUCAGUCAACGAAAUCAUCCGGCAUCUAAACUUCAAAGUCUAGAUCUGAGGAAAUCCGACAGAAACCAGUCGCCACCCUGGAUUUAGUCCAUCGACGGUGCCAUUCCUGGGGUGACCGAGUUCACUGCUCAGGAAUCGAAUGAGCAGGAUGACGGUGGUGCCACGCUUCCAGCAAGGAAGAAAACCUCCCACAGUACCAUUCUUUGAUUUCGUUCACUAGGUUUUCUACCUACGUCAAGAUCCAUCUAAUCUUUCGUUUGACCCGAAACCCAUUUCACUUAUGCAAACAAGCAAAUCUAGAACAUCAUCGGCAUUGAUCAGUGAAGGGGAAACAAGUAAAAGGAAGGAGAUCUUACAAGAACCGAGAAAGAAACUCCGGAACGGGACUCACCGGUAGAUUGGCCAGUAAACCGGAUCGGAACGGGAAUUCAAACCACGACCACUGGCGAUCGAAGCAAAGGCUUUGCUAAUCUCCUGUAAGAUUGAAUAGUGAUAUUAGCGCUACAUCGCAAAAAGCUGGUCUCGAUGUUGGAAUCGAAUCCUCUGUAACGGGGGUCUUCAUGCAAUUCUCCAACGGAAAGGGAUUGGGAAGGUAGGCCGAUGCAGAAUCCAUUGGCGGCGAAGAAGCUCGGAUCGACGACGCGAAUUGUGCGGCAGUCGUAGAAGAUUCGGCGGACGUGGUUGCCACUUUGAUUAGAAUGUUGAUGAAAGAGUACUCUCAAGAGUUGCCUCAAACAACAACAUACUAGAGGGAGCCCCACCCUUUAGUUGGAUCAUUGAAUGCCACUCCUACAUGGGCUCAAUAGACAGUCAUAGAUACAACAAAAAAUCUAAAUGUUAACCUAAGAACUAACACCAAUAACCUGAAAUCUCGAAGAACGAGAUGGCCUACCACACGGCCACACCAGAGUCCAAUCCUCAAGCAAGCUGACGUACUAUGACUUAUGAAUUACUCUAAACAAUAACACUUUGAAUUUGGUGUUUGAACAACAAGAGUGGUUCAUUUCGAGCAUAUAGGAGUUUUGUUAGACCAUCCACUAUGGUUAGUAGGGAAAAGUGGGUGGGUUAGGGGGGAAAUGUGAGUUUUUUGGGUUUUGGAGUGGGAAACCGCACAAUGGGUUGAGAGGGAAAAGUGGGAGGGGUGUUUUUUUUUUAAAAUCAAUUUAGUGUUGAUUUUGUCACUUUAGUUAAAUAAUUUUAUCGUUCUUUUUAUAUGGAUAGUAAUAAUUAAUUAAGGCGAACGUUGUGAUACAUAUAUAUUUUAAUUUGGACAUAAUUUAGAAUUCAAUUCUGAUCGUUAGAUCACAUUUGAAACGAUCUAUGGUUUAAAAAAAACCAAACUAAAACGAAAAAGAAAAACUAGUAAAAGUAACAAAAAAAAAAAAAACAGGCCAGAUAUGCGGGCCCCGCCAAGCCACUCCCCCUCCUUUUGUCUUGUUAUGGGGGAAAACCCACACAUCUUUUUCAAUUUUAUCAUGCUUUCCCCCCCUUUCCACCCCUCACUAUGAGCCUCCCCACUAAUUCUAUCCUUCUUUUCCUCCUUUUGAUUUGGGUCCAAAUGUACACAUUUUAGCCCUCAUUUCUUAUCCGUUAUGCAUAGUAGAUCACCGUCCCUCGACCUAUUUUACGCUAGGUUGUGCUUGUUUUGUUACAUUUCAGGUCCUAGCACGUGUGGGGAGGUCGAGGAUGAGUUUCGGGUCGAUCAGAGGUCGAAAAACGCCAAAAACUGAAAAUGUCCAAAGUAGUGACCAUGACAAUUGCCCCAUGAACGUGAACUAGCUGGGUUCCAGAAUGUUUCCAGAGUUUACUGGCAAAUUGUCAGUUCACGGCCAGACUGUGAAGUGUUGUAGUGAAACAACGCGAAUUGGUUCGAGUUCACGGUCUAGGCUUCAAGUUCACGACUGUGAACUCAGACCGUGAACAACCUUCGAUCUGAGUAUAAAAGGGAGCAGCAGAAGGAAGAAAAGUGGAGCUAGUUUUGGGAGAGGAAUUAGUUUCUUUCUCUAAGGUUUCGAUCCAAAACAUCAAAGGGGAGUUCUAGAGAGAGAGAGAGUGAGCUCUUGAGUGAUCUUGUAGCUUAAUUCAAAGCAUUGAUCUAGCUUGGAAGCAAGGAAUCAAGCCUAGAAGAAGAAGAUCUUGGGCUCUAAUUUGUAAUCUCUCUCCUCUCUCUCUAGAAACUCACCCUCUUCUCUUGGGUUUAAGAACCCUAGGUCUAGAUUUUAUUUCAUUGUUGAUGUAUGUGACAAAUUCUAUCUUUGAUUGAUGAAUUUAUCUAUUUGAUGGAUGUUUGGUAAGGAUUGAAUGAGUUUGGAUUCCUUGACUUGUCAAUUGAGCUUUGACCUAGGAGGGAGAAAACCCCGGGUAAUCCCCGAGGGAGUUGAUUCCAUUGGAUCUCCUAGCAAUAUAUGAAACCCUAGGUUGAUUAGAGCUCCUACCCAUCCAUCACUUUGCCGUUUCGGGUCCGUCCCGAGUGAGUCAAUCUCAUAACGGUAGGAUAGUGAAUCGAUCGAGUUAGGAUAAUACUCAACACCGAUCCAAAAGGCUAGAAAUAGGAGGAUUUAACCCAAGAGAGCUCCCAAACCUUGUAAAUAUCUAGGUUAGUGGUUAGCUAGGUUGGUUAGUUUAAUUCUUCUAAUCACCAUCCUAGGUUGGCUAGAUAACGAACCCUAAACCUGAAGUAGGGUAAGCCUAGAUCCCCGUGGUACAAUAAAUUCUUAUGCUUGCUUGCCCUAUGCUACACCCGGUUGCCGGUUAUACUUGGCCGUCGAUUGAGAUGUUGUAGUUAGAACGAGUCACCUUUCCCUACCCCAUAGUUGGUGGUCUUAGAUAAGGAUCAGAAAUAUCAGGACGUUGAAAGCCCACAACUAAUUCCAAACUCCUUUAGUUGCCUUAGUAAUAAAUCAAAAGCGCAGGACAUGGAAAGAUGAAUUACUACAUCAAAGUUUAGCAUGAGGUGGCCAGGAGGAGACCAAGGUGGAGGGGCCCCGAGAUGAAACCAUGGAGUAUGAUGAAGCUCGACUUGUAUGGUUGAGUAGAUUUACGAUAGUUUAAUUAUAAAAGAAGGACAAUUGAUCGCACAUGGCGUGGAACCACCUAACGGUGGCUCUUUACUUCCUCAAGACUUGCUUCUUAUUUUUCUUUCACCUUUCAUCUCCUUUAUAUCAAUGAGGAGGUAUGAGCAAGACAACUCUGCUCCAGAAAGAAAAGAAGCCAGCUUGUCCUUUUUCGUUUGAUCUCUAACUCAGAGCAAAACCGUCUUUUUGGCCCCUCAUGCUGCAUAUGAGUGGAUCUUCACUAAAAUCGGCUCUAUUGCCAAAUAUAAAUUUUGCUUAGUAAGACCCUCUUCGAGCCUCUACUGAACAAAAUUUUGCUUGUACUUGAUAAUCAUUUUCUUGAUACUACUGAAAGGAAUAUAAAUUCAAGAAACCAAUCUAAUAGUUAUAGUUGUGGCUGUUAGUUAGGAAGCAAGUGCAUAAAGUGUCACAACAUUAUAUUUACACGUUAAAAAUGGAAAUUGAGAAGUAGUUUACAUCAUGGAUUUUAAUGAGGAUUUGGUCUCUAAAACCAACACAUGAAGGAUUUAUCCAAAAGUUAUUCUUUGCUGGGUCAAAAUGUGUAGUGCCAAAUUCGUGGAUUCUGUUUGUGCCUGAUUAGUACCAGGAGGAUGGUGGAACUCUUGGACCGCGUACGGACUCCAAUUGGGAGGCGGUCACGUAGGAUCAUGCAAGAAAGGUUCUCAGGAGAAUCCUAGGACCUCCUCCGAUGGCUAAGUUAGUGAGAGAAAUGAGAGAAUCGUAAAUAAGAGAGAGAGAGAGUAGUGGUUGGAAGUCACCAUAAUUGCUACACAUGAGGGGGUAUUUAUAUUAAUGUUGGCUAUGGUAAAGGCAUUUAAUGACCUAUCGGGCACCUAGGGACGCCUCAGCCUCCAUUGAAUGCAUAGUUAGAGCGUAUCUUUGUUAGUCUCCGUACUAAGGAGUUCAGGAGGCCAUUAGACCUUUAUGUCGGGCAGUCUUCUAGGUUAACGAUGGAGACUUUGUUGGGCGGUCUUCUCAUGCCUUUUCAAAGACCGCCUGUGGAGAGGGCACAGCGUGUAUGCCAGCCUGUUUGGGCCUGGCUUGCUUAUUUUUGUGCUUUUAGUGGCCAUGGGCUUGGGGCCCACGCGUCUCAAUGCUUGGCCCAACAUAUUCCAUAUUUCCAUAGAUUUGUAAAUCCCACCUUUUAUUUGGAUUUUGAAGAAUGAAACAUAUCCUUCAAAUGAAAUUACGAAUAUAUUAUAUCCCUUAUAAUUUAAUUAUUCUAACUGCACCUUUGAUUACUUAUUUUUUGCACGAUAAUUGCCUCUUAUAGCUACAAAUAACAACCAUGAAAAUAGUAUUGUAGCUAAUAACAUGCUAAUAACUAUGUAAUCUAUUGCUCGUGGCUAUUUGUGAAGGUCUUAGUCACAAAUUUAUUUAGCCAUAAGCCUAUAACUAAAUUGUUUCAAAUGUAUCGAAUAUGAUGGCAAGUAAUACCCUUUAGCCACACAGAUUUUUAGCAACGUUAAAUCAUCGAAGUAGACUUUUUUUAGCUAUGAACCACAUUUGUUGUAUCAACAAUGAUUCUAACAAACAAAUUUUGGCUAUAUUUUUAUUAGCUACACAUUUUAAAGUCCUGUGGCUGGUGAUUUUAUGAACAUGCUAUAAGAUGACAAUCUCGAAGCAUAAUUUAGCAAUAUGGCUAUAAAGUAUACAACAAGAAACACAAAUAAAACUAUCAAUCUAAUAGGAAAAAGGGUAGUAAAGUGGUAUACAUCUUAAAGAUAAAAAUUCAUAACCCAAACAACCCAUGAUCAAAUCAACUAAAUAAACAAUAGGACCUUUCAAAUCCAUAAUGUAACAAAUCGCUAACAAAUUCAAAGGGUUUCAAAACCCAAGUUCUAACAAAAAUCCUAGUUUUCAAAUCUAAGAUAUUCUUUGUAGUUUUUUUUAUAGGAAAUAUAUUCUUUGUAGUUACGAUAAACUUUAAUCAACCAUUUCGUUUUGUCGAUUUGCUAUACAAAAUACUAGCACAGGAUCCGGUACGUUGGCCGGGAGAAUUUUCUGAGUAAUAUGAUAUAUAAUAAUUGAUAUAAUAGACGAUUUAAAAUGCAUUAAAUUUUUUUUUUUACCUUGUGCACAUAAUAUUUUUGAAAAUGAUCCUAUGUAUAAUGUGUUUAGACCUCAAUGAAGAGCGAAAAAAUAUGGUAUAAGCAUUACAUUACAUAUAAUUAUUGGAUAAAAAAAGAAAUAAAUAUAACUAAUUUUCAUUCAUUACUUAAUUAAACCAUAUAGUUGAAUAUUAACGUUCCUUCUCAUAAUACAUACAAAUCAACCUUUAGGAUGAGAUAAAAUGUCUCUCAUAGAGUUUAGUGUGUCGUUUCAGUUUUUCCCAAUAGAGAGCAUUCUUUUUUAACACACCAUUGGUAAUGGAUCUGAAGUUGCUUGAUUUGAAAUAUAUAAGACAUGAUGCUAAGUUUUCGCUAAUAGUUAGUUGGACAAUGUGUUGUGCACGGACUUCCCAAAUUAUUAUCAGAUCCCAUACAUGUCUAGCAACAAUAUAGUAAUUUUCACCCAGCAAACAUUUUUUCAUGAAAUAAUUCAAUAAAUAAAAACCCAUGAAAAUCAUAUUACAUGAAAUAUAUGUUACUCAUUAAGUUGAUGAAUGAGCGAGGGUAUGAGUAACAUACAUUUAUUUUAAAAAGAUAGAAGUUGCAAAGUGUCUUUUGGGUUGAAUGAGAUUGCAUAUUCUCAUAAUCGCUAACUGACUUAUGUUUUUUUUUGCAGUAGAUAGUUCAAAAUGUGCCUUAAAUUUUUUGUUUGCACCAGUGUAAAAUAAUUAUUGAACCAAAGGAUUGUAAAAUUGUAUCGAAAAAGUUGGUAAUAGAGUAUUUUAUAUUGAAUUCAUAAUUCAGCUGUGGUUAAACUGUUUCGUGUUGCCAAAUAUCACUUAUCGAUUUAGCCUAUGGUGUAAAGUUUUAUGGUCGAAUUACCAGUAUGUACUAUUUUUCAAUUCAAAAUUUAAAUAAAAAACCACUAAAAUAUUGACAUUAUCAAAUACCCUUUAAAUCUCAUAAAUUACUAUAAUCGUUUUAAGGGAAAAAUCAUCCAAACGAUAAUAUUGAUUUAGGAUUUUAGAUUGAAAUGGAAAAAAUCUGUCAACUAUAAUGUCAUCUGCUUAAAUAAAUCAAAACUCAAUAGAAGACGGUCAAGAAGACCCACUAAACAAAACAGAAGAGCAAUUAUUACGCACUACCUCAUUUCCCCCCUCUUUUAAAUGUAUCCUCUCGUUCUCUCUUUGUUUUUUCAUUUGUUCUUCCAUCUCUUCUCUCCGAGCUUUGUAUCUCACCACUCUCCCCCUUUCCGUUCCUCUUUCUUCCCACUGCAUGGAAUCGAGAGAAACCAAGAAACACCCCAAUCACUUCUCCAAUUUUGCAUCUAAAUGUUUCUUCUUCAUUCACAGUCGAUAGUGUGAAUCAGAACACAUAAACCUGGCAAACAGAUGGCCGCUUAUUCCUCGACGGAGCAAAGUAGUUUGAUAUCUUGUAGGAGCAGUCACCGGCGAACCCCUCCAUCUCCGAACAAACCCUCAAUGAGUCCCUCUACAUCUCCGCCCGCUGUCGACCGCUCCCACAACAUUUAUUUGGCGUUCCUCCUUCCUUGAACUCGUUGGCAGAUGCUCAACCCUGAUAUGCUCUUCCAAAGUCACAAUCACUGGCUCCAACCAUAUCCAAUCGUUGCAAAUGAAGACUGUCGGAAACACAAUGGUGGUCGGGUGGCGUAUUUGGUGAUGAUGAUGCAGAGGGAGCUAGCUCUUCAAUUCCGGGGGGGGGGGGGGGGGGGGGGGGGGAUUGGGUUAUUGGUUGAUGGUGGCGAUGAUAAAUAAAGGUGAUGGGUGACUGGUAGCGAUGAAGAAGCAGCAAGAGUAGGCUGUUGAGUGAUAAAUUGAAGGAUUUUUUUGCGAUGAGUGAUUGGAUUUUGUGAUAGGAGUUGGGUUAUGGUCGACGCCCCGGAGGAAGAAGAAGAGGUGCAACAUAAUAGAGGGGUUGGAAAAGAAAGGGGGGAAUAAAGAAAACAAUUAAUUCCAAAUAAAUAAUCAAAUAGUAUUUAAUUAAUUUAUGAUGUGUCAUAUCUAUAUGUCAGUUUAUGAAGAUGUAUACGCUGAUGUGUGCCCUGAUUUGGAUUCCUGUCAGCAUGUCGUUACAAUAACUGAUGACGUCCCUAACAUCGUCAAAGUUUGUAAUUUUUCAUACAACCAUCAAAAUUCUUGCUAUUUCGUGUAUUUCCAAAGAUGUGGCUAUAAGUGUCAUAAACGUGAAAAUUGUGGCUAUGUAAGUGUAUUUUGACAAUAUAGAAGUAUCAUCACCAAACAUAUUCCUAGAAUUUAAUCAAAGAAAUAACAAUAAAUACAAUGUAGCCUAGUUGGUUAUAAUGCUCUUCGUUCAUUUAAGUGACCAAGGUUCAAACUCCAAAGAUAAGAUUUUUAAUAUAUAAAGGUGAACUGGGCGCAAUGACAAAAAUGACAUUUGUAGAAUCACUCUCAGGCCAUGAAAUUUGAAAUAGGACAAUUUAAACCCAUGUUUUGUCUUUAUAUAUUUUGUAUAUUUGCGAUGGCAGAUGGGGGGAUUGGAUUUUGUGAUAGGGGUUGGGCCAUGGUCGAUGAUCUGGAGGAAGAAGAAGAGGUGCAGUAGAGCAGAGGGGUUGGAAAAGAAAGGGAGAAAUAAAGAAAAAAUUAAUUCCAAAAAAUUAAUUAAAGAAUUUUUAAUUAAAUUAUGACGUGUCAUAUCUAUAUGUCAGUUAUUGAUGAUGUAUACGCUGAUUUGAAUUCCCGUCAACAUGUCGUUACAAUAACUGACGACGUCCCUAAACUGUUUAAGUUUGUAAUUUGUCAUACAACCAUCAAAAGUCUGGUUAUUUCGUGUAUUUCGAAAGAUGUGGCUAUAAGUGUCACAAACGUGAAAAUUGUGGCUAUGGAAGUGUAUUUUGACAAUAUAGAAGCAUUACCGCUAGGGGUGUGCAAUGGGAAACAUGUAUUUGGGUAUACCCGUCCCGUUUUUUAAGGGUUAUGGGUACCUUUAUUACCCGUAAUAUUAUAAACAGAUGGGACUUGGGAUUGUACAUUCAUAAUAUGGGUACCCGCGGGUUACCCGCAAAUACCCGUUGGGUAAUAUGGGUACCCGUUAUACCCAUUCAAUACAAAGGCAGAAAUUCAUUUCAGCCCAACCCAAUUCACUAAUUCCGAACCCAUUGGCCAUUUCUGCCCUUACCCUUUCAAUUCCAUUUCGGGCCCUUACCCUUUCACUUUCAGUGAGACUCAGUGAGUCAGCGUUUCGAAGCGAGAGACCUAGCUUGGCUUCCUCAUUCAUUCAUCGUCGCACUUCCUUCAUUCACCCUCUCAUCGCGUCAGCACGACAUCCGAAGGAGGCGCAGUCACUGCGGCGUCAUCUCACUCUGCUGCGAUCGCGGCGUCGUCUCACUCUGCCACGCCGACUCCAUUCAAUAGCAGAAUAGCUCCUUCUUCUCACUCUACUGCUCUGCCUCCAUUCAAUGGCAGACCAGCAGCAGCCAGCCAGGAGCACCGCGAGAGCGAUCGAUGGAGCUAAGCAUAAGUGAGUGAAUCGAAACGAGCAACAACCAUAGUUCUAAGAGCUGCAAGCAGAACCUAUAGCCGAUUCGGUCGAAUUGUUCCUUCUCUGUAAGGGGUUAGAGUGAUAACCACAACUCCAAGGCACGAGAGAUGUUUCCAUGUACAGUUGCUUCAGUUCAAACUUCCCAAAAACAGAGAUCUAAUGGGUUCAACACCUAAGCUCAAGGUAUGAUCUGAACAAGGACAACGAUCAAGAAACUCAAGAGCAACAACUGUUCACUUCGGUCGGGCAAAUUUGCUCAUCAUUUUUGCGAUUACGGGAGCCACCUUUGGGUUUGUUUGGUGCUUCGCGAGGUUGGCAGGGUUCUUCAUAACUGAAUGAGUAAAAAUUUGCAAACCAAGUAUUUGUGAUUGGGAUGGGUUUUGUGUCUUAUGAUUGUUAAGCAAGUACAAGUUAAGUUUAAACUUUUGUUAAAAUUUUAGUGGUUUAAACUUUGGGUAUUUAUGGGUAGUAUGGGUACCAGUUAUCCGUCCAGUACGGGUAAUGGGUACCAGUUAUCCGUCCAGUACGGGUAAUGGGUACCUGUUUCCCGUAUGGGUUUGGGAUAUGGGAAGGAUUUUGGUCUCCUAAUGAGAAUGGGUUGCCCGAAAAGUAACCCGAUCCAAGUAGUUUCACCAUACCUCUUUGCAUCAGUACUCAUCAUAUAUAAAAUUCUUUGGCGGACUUAGGAGUAAGAAUUAAUGUGAUGCCCUUUAAGCAUUUUAAGAGGCUAGACUUGGGUGAAUUAAGGACUACUAGGCUUAGUGUCACAUUAGCCGAUCUCUCUAUCAUUAUUCCUAGGGGCAUUGUGGUGGAUGUGCUAGUACGAGUGGGGAAAUUCUGCUAUCCGACGGAUUUUGUGAUCCUUGAUAUAAGUGAAGAUUCAGAAAUGCCACUAAUACUAGGACGCCCCUUCCUUGCCACCACCAAGGAUUUAAUUGAUGUUAAUGAGGGGACUUUGAUUUUGAGAGACGUUGAGGAGAAAAUUACUCUUGGAAUUGAAUCUAAGCCUAGAAGUGAGGACGUGAAGGAAGUGGAAUCAAAUGAUAAGAAUGCAAGUGGAGGAGAGCCUUUCAAGAUGAACCCCACUAUUACUGUCAUUCCUUGUGGUGAUGUGAAGCAAGAAAUCAAGGAGAGUAUCACACCCAAAGAAAUAAGGAGGAGAACUUGGAGGGAAAGGAUGAACCGCAUUAUUGCACUGAAAAAGGAAGAGGACAACGCGAAAGUCAUCGGCCAAGAAGGCCACCCCAUGGAUUUAAGUUGGGAGGCGACAAGCCUCACCGUGAGAUCGUGGUGGAUCCACUCUCGGUGGUUUCAUAUUCUUAAGCAUUAUAGAUUUGCAACGUCAAGAUAGUGAAGUUAAAUUAGCGCUUGUUGGGAGGAAACCCGGCGUAGGUUUGUUUUCCUGUUCCUUAUUUUCUCUUUUUGUGGUUGAGUGAAGAGUUUAAUUGAUCAAAGUGGUAUCCCCGUGCCAGGUCUUUGUGAUUGUGUGUUUGAGAUGGGUUGUGAUUGAUAGUAGGUACGGUGGAGUAGGUCGAGUCAAAAAAUUUCUGGAAAUGCCCUGUUUUCACUUCAGUUCACGGUCUAAGCUUGCAGUUCGCGGUCUUAAUCGAUCGUGAACAGCUUAACGUGUCCGUGAACCAAGCUGCUUCCACGUGUUGUUAAACUCGUUGUUUCACACCAGUUUGCGGUCCGUGAGCUAUGUUCACGGUCUUAGCAACCGUGAAUAGGGCAAUGCGUCCGUGAAUCUCGAGGUCUGCCUAUAAAAGGGCCGUGAACGCCUUAUCUUCACUUCACGACCCAUUUUUCGCCGGAAAUCUGGGAUCUUCUGACGAAUUUUGCCAUUUUCGUCAACUUCCGGCGAUCAAAAUAAAAAACCAACCACAUACCCAAUCUUCCCUCGUCAAGGGCGACCUUCGCUUAGAUUUUGGGAAGAUUUGGAGCUGAUUUUUCCGACGAGCCUCCAACGAGGCUCCGAUGAACCCUCUCCGGCCUGUUAUCAUGCAAUUUUUCAACUCCCUCACCCUAACCUCACUUCCCCUGCGAUCAUUCUUGAGUCUCGAGGUUUGUUUUCGACCUUACCUUUUUUAAUUGUGGAGAAUCAGAUUAGGGAGUGAAGUGAGGUGAAUCUAGUGAAUUGAUUGUUGAACAUAGAAAUAGGGAGAGAGAUUAGUUUAUUAGUGGUGCAUGAAUGUUGAAUGUGAUUUGUAUGAUCUUAAUUGAGCCUUGGUGAGCGACUGGGCGUAAUUUAGGACAAAUAGCUUUCAAAUUUGAAAUUUGCCCACCAAGUGCAAAAAUUAUGAAUGAAUGUGUAGCUUUUAUGUUUGAGUGGUGGAUGGUAGCCACUGUGGCAUGGUUUGGGUUAGAUUUUUUGUGUGAAUAAACUGUGAAAUACCUAGAACCAUGCCUUGGUGUGCUUGAGCUUAAUUGUUUCAAACGACAUGGAACCGUAGUGUGAACAUAAAUGUGCGGGGAAUUCAUUUCCCUCCCAAUGAGUUGAGAUUGACAAUUACUUCCACGUAUGGUGCAUGUUUGCCCCUUUUGCAGGAGGGUCAAUAUGAACCACCCGUAACUUUCGGCAGUUAGAGGGAAACCCGCAAUGGAAAAAGAGCUGCGACUUUGGGCAAGCGCUCACUCCGAAGACCACUGGAAACUUGACUACACCCAGUUCGAUGGUCUUCAUUGUGGAGAUAUCAUGAGGGAGGCUGUGGAGCACCCACAAUGACGCCGACUCCUUGAACUGGAAGAUGACAUUUAUGGGGAGCUGUGUGUCGACCUUUUCAAUACCUUCACCAUCUCUAAGACCAUGAGCCUGUUCGGAAACCAAAGGCGCACGAAGAAAUUCCAUUUGGGCGG